UCCCCUGAGACCGGCUCGAGUGAGGACUUCCGGUGUGGAUACGUAACGCGACACCUGUGCGGAGGGGGCGUGGCCUAUCAGACCGAGAGCGAGCUGGUCUGGGUGUGGUGAGGAUGUGUUUAUGAGCUGCAGCAGUUUCAGGUGAAACAUUUCAGGAGGAGCGUUCAACACAGGAGGAGACCCAGAGACAGAUCCUCUCCACAGAUAAGCACCCAAGUGGAUCCAGCAGAAAUGUCCUCCAGGCCAAACGGGAGUCCGCCUCCCUAUGAGUCAGACGGAUAUAACCCCCCCGCCCAGCCGGCCUACUCGUACUACCCCGAUGACGAGUUCCAGCACUUCUACCGCUGGACGUCUCCGCCGGGCGUCCUCAAAAUCAUGGGCAUCAUCGUCAUCGUGAUGUGCGUGGCCAUAUUUGCCUGCGUUGCCUCCACUCUGGCGUGGGACAGUCAGGGAGCGAUGGGUGGUUUUGGGGGUGGCGGGUACGGGGGAACGUACGGGGGCUCAUAUGGCGGCGGAGGUUACGGAGGUGGCUAUGGAGGAGGAGGUUAUGGCGGUGGCAGUAACUACGGCUCCUUUGGCGGCGGCGGAUACGGCGCAGGAAACGGCUACGGCUACGGUGGACUCGGAGGAAACUACAACGACCCCCGGAAAGGCAAAGGGUUCAUGAUCGCCAUGGCAGCCAUCACCUUCAUCGCAGGCUUGGCCAUCUUCAUCAUCAUCGUGUCUCAUCAGAGUCUAUCACAGAGCAGGAGGUUCUACCUCGCCGUGGUCAUCAUCUGUGCCAUCCUAGCGUUACUGAUGCUAAUAGCCACUAUAGUCUACCUGGUAGCGGUGAACCCCAUGGCUCAGUCUGCUGGAUCCGCCUACGGGAGUCAGAUCGCCGGUCUUUGUGCCCAGUACCAACAACCCCAGACUACAGGAGUGUUCGUGAACCAGUACCUGUACCACUACUGCGUCGUGGAGCCACAAGAGGCCAUCGCGAUAGUUUUCGGCUUCCUGGUCACCCUCGCUCUGAUCAUCAUGCUCGUGUUCGCUCUGAAGACUCGCCAGAAGAUCCAAAGCUUCGGAAAGAGCAACAUCCUGUGGAAGAAAGUGAAGGUCAUUGACGAGAUGGAGCCGCCCCAAGAUGUGGAGGCCUGGGUGAACAACGUGUCCGCUGACCCUGAACCCCUCCCGAUGUCAGAAUACCCCGAGAAGCUGAGGAGCUCCAGAGGUUACCUGGAUGACGAGAGCACCAACUACGACAAACCCCCGUACGAGUACACUCCACCGCCUGUAGCUGUAGAGGAUCUGCCUCUGCAGAACGGAGCUCCUUACAGCAGUUACUCCGAGCCCCCGAGCUCCGCCGGGAGGCCCAAGAAGAGGCGAGCGGGCCGGCCUCGCCGCGCUGACGGGCAGGACUACGACACGGACUACAACUCCUCAGGAGACGAGCUGGACGACGAUGACUUCGACAGAGAGUAUCCUCCGAUAGCCAACGAGCAGGAUCGUAAUGACUACAAGCGGGAGUUCGACCGGGACCAUCAGGAGUACAAAGACCUGCAGGCCGAGCUGGACACCCUCAACAAGAACCUGUCCGAUGUGGACCGAGAGCUGGAUGACCUGCAGGAGGGGAGCCCGCAGUACCUGGACGCGAUGGACGAGUACACCAGGAUAAAGAACCUGAAAAAGUCUCCAGAUUACCGGGUGAAGAAGCGCAGGUGUAAAUAUCUGAAGGGCAAACUGAAUCACAUCAAGAAGAUGGUGAGCGACUACGACCGCAGAGCCUGAGCGACUUCACGCCUGGGCGACUUCACGCCUGUCCGGGUCAGAGGCAGAAGGGACUAAGAUUUUAUAACAGUGAGCAGACUGUAGGUUACUGAGCUCUGAGGACGUCUGAGCUGUUAGCCGAUGAAACACUGCAGACUUUGUUUUUACUUUGAAGCACAGCUAACGAUAAUCUGUAUUACACCGCUGUUUGUAUUAGCAGUAUCACCUGCCAUGGAUACUGUUAGCUGUAUUUAUUCUGCUUCAGAUUACGCUGUUAACACCAAUGAUGCAUAAUCCAGCUGUUUUUAAUAGCUCUUGAUUCAGUGACUCAACACGAGUCUCUUCUUUUUUACCGUCUUUUUAAUUCAGAUUUUUAUCGGCAGUGUCAUCGUGUAAAUAUUUGGGAAGCUGUGAUUUUAUUUUAAAGCAUCGUGUGAAGUUCAGGUGUGUUUCUGUGUAUGUAUAUAUGAUUGAACAAACGGACACUUUUGAAUGGCUAUGCAUGUUUAUUGCAUAGUGAUGUACUUUUACAUUGUUUCCUGUCAUGUUUUUAUCUUAAUAAAUUCCUUUAUUACAGUACA